AUGGUAAGCUUUGGCAGCCCGCGCAGCCAUGCCGGCAAGGCUCAUCAGAGUUCUGCAUCGGCACCCUGUUGCGCAGUCGUUCCUCUUCAGCUUGCGUGCCGUGAGGAGUUCCGGGCUUCAAGCCGCAACCGGGCGCGACACCUGCAGAUCGCCUCCCUGGUUGGACUUCUGCAACUGUUCCGGCAGCGACGCACGCUGAGCCUUGUCCGUGCCCGCGCCCAUGCGUCGUCUCGGCCAGUUCUCCAGCUUUGUUUUGACAUCAACAAGACCAUUGUCAUGGAAGAUUCCUCGGGGAGGAAGUCCGCCCGUGAGCUGUGCAACGAGGCCUUGGCCGACGCCACUUGGGGCUCUGUGCGCGGAGGCCGCUGGGAAUUCAGCGGGGCCCCGCUCAGCUUGGAAGCUCCGGACCAAGGGCUGAUUUCCUACAGCGCGUGGGUGCACGAGCUUUUUCGGAAUCGGCCGGUGGACGCUUCCGAUUUUUCGAGCCUUACAACCUCGCGAAGCAGGCUGGCCAAGGCCAAGGAGGAGAGGGACCGCCUCCGAGGAUCUUUCGCCGAAGAAGGCGGUGCGGCCCCUGCAGAGGUCGCCCAGCUGCUUCAGCCGAUGUUGAGUCAGCUUCUCAUCCCAGAGGUGCUGCGCUCGUCCCCUGCGAUGGAGGCUGCCGGUCUGGCAGGUCGUGACACCUGGUUCAUCCUGCCCUCGUUCCUCGCCGCAGUGCGCGAGCUCCUGCAGUCGGAUGGCCUUGAACAGGUGCGAGUUUCCUUGCAUUUCCGCACAUUCGGCAGCGAUCUACCUGCCGUGGCCAAAGAGUUCAAUGCCUUCGUCAAGGGCGAGCACCCUCUGCAUCCGGACUUCUGCUGCAACGAAGACGACGACCUCGAGCUCGAGCUGGACCUUGCAAACCGCUUCGGCUCCUACUUCCGAGAUUCGGAGGGCCCGAUGCUUGCUCUUGGAGCUGACCUAAGCGGAUGUCAACAUCGAGAGGAGGUUGCCGAGAAGAUCCGGAGCCAGGGAGCCCGGCUGAUCGAUGGCUACCAGGCCAUCCACGAUGAAGUGCGCGAGAUAAGCAGCAAGGGACAGGCCUGGUGCUUUCGGGACUACUGGAGCUUCUGGCGAGAUCAGGCAGAGGCAGCAGAAGCAGGGAAGUUGCUCACUGUCAGUGAAGAUUUCCACGUCUUGUACAUGGAUGACAAUGCCCGAGGUCCUGAUGGCCACAUCGUGGAUGUUCGCGACAGAGAUGGGAAGCGGCUUGCAUGGCCCGAGGUUCUUGCUGCUGGCCAAGUGGUCAGAGCCUGGCCGCUGGCAGCUUUGUCUGAUCCAGACUACUUCAAGAACCUGAUCCAGUCAGCCCUGCGGCGGGUUCGGAGAGGAGACCUUCAGCUUUGA